AGUUUCCUAAAAUCAAGAUGACGGUACUACGUCUGUUUUGGUAAAUUCACAACGCGGGGUGGAUUGUGGUUGGUCCUUGAAAGGAAAUAUUCUCUAUCUCAAUACAGGGGCAUGUUUCUCUUUAUGAUGUAUAACUCCUGGUGAAGAAAAUGAUUUCCCAGAUACAGGUGGAGUCUUGGAUGUUGAUUCAUGCCUGCAAAUACAGAUAUCAUGGUGUUAUACAAGGUAUUUUACGCCGACAUCAUGACAACAUUGAACAUCUUGAUGUCCCAAAUAUCUACUUAUCCAUUCCUAUGAUUUACAACAUCAUAAUGACAGAUGAUGUCCUACGCUACCCUGUAGUUGUCAAUCACCUAGAUUUCAUUGACGUUGAAGUUCCUCAUGCAGUUCCUUUCAAACUGUACAGCAAACUCAGCAUAGGUCUCAAGAUGAAGUGGGCUAUGAUGUUACUGAAGGAGAACCAUAAUGAUACCCUGAUGUUGUUAAACAAGUACUUCCCUCGUAAAGGCAGUCAAUAUGAGCAUGCGACUCCAAAGGAAUUAUCCAGUUUGCACUCCGUACAGAAGAAUUUCCGCAAGUUUUUUCUCCCACUGUUAGCACAUCAGAACCAGAGAGAGGCUUACUUUCAGAAUGAGUUUGAAGAAGAAUAUGGAAAGCACUUCCAGGAAGCACUGCAGCAACUGGCUGUCUUGUUUGUGGAGAAACUGACAUCUCACUUACCACAAACAACUAUAGAGAAGCUCCUUACUGAGGGUACUGAGCAGUAUCAGCCUUUAAUGGAGGAUAGCACAGACUUAUCAAUGGAGAUGUUACUGGACACAUUGCAUGGAAAGGAGGCUCUAGAGGAGGGAGACCUACUGGACCUCCUGACCAUGAUCAGUCCCCUCAACACACAGGACCGUGUCCAAGUGGACAAGGUGUGGCUACUUAGCUCAGAAGAAAGGGAGAAGUCCAGUAGCAAAUCCUUGUUUUCCAGUCAUUCAGUUGAUCAACUGACAGAGCUGGAAUGUAGUAACAGCCAUGAACAGAACAUGGGCGGUCCUAAAACAUGGCAUAAUAGCAAUCAAAACCAAACACCAGACAGAACAAAUGAGGAUAGUGGUGAUACUACCUCAGUUAGUUACAAUAAAACACAACUUCAUGAAAGUUUUGGAGAUUUCAAUGAUAAAAGGCAUUUGUUUCAUUGUGAUCAAAAGGAUUCUCAAAGUAGUCAAAUAAUGGAGAAGGAUAUAGAGAAAAACAGGGAUUCUGAUAAUGCAGAGAGUCUGAAGUCAUCUGGAGAUUCAGUGUCCAUCUUGAGAAAUAAACAACAAAGAACCAAGACUCGAAAAGAUCCAGAGGAUGAUAGGUAAUCAGACUAAAUGACUAGGUCCACAUCUCGAUGUUUAUGUGUUGUGCACACAAUAUCAUAUCAUGCGUGUGUGCCCACAACG